UGACAGAAAAGGUUUGAGAACCACUGUUCUCGUGUUUACGUUUUUUAUUUGCUGCUUUGAACUUCUACUGUGCUUUUUCCGAUAUGUUAUAGCUUCUUAGUUACUUUAAAUGUGUAAAUUUGAGAUAAUGAUGCAAAAAGUGGUCAGUAAAUAGCAUGUCAAACUGCAAAACAGGGGCUGUUUUUUUAUUUCUCUUUAAUAACAGAAUUGGUUUUGACUCAAGGAUAUACAGAUGAAUACGUUGAAGUGUAUGUAUAUGCCUAUUUAAAUUAUAUGAUCAGAGGCCCAAGGUACUGGCCCCAUUGCCUGAGUUUGCACCAAUACGAUGUACUACUUUCAUCAUAGAAGAACAUAUGGGCCACAUGUCUAAUUUUCAGUUUAAUUAAGAAUCUAUCAGGGAGGAUACUUGGUGUCUUUUUCUGUAAAAACAGAGAAAAAAACUUCAUCAGCUCUUUGGAAAAAGGAGACCUUGAGUGUGCACAUUCCAAUGUAGACCCAUCGUGACUCCCUGUGCUCCACUAACACACUUUGUCCUACAGUAAUCUCUGACACUGGCUUUACAAGGGAAGAUGCACAACACAGAGAUUUAGAAGUAUAGGAGUUCUAGUACAAUCAGUAUGCAUAUUUAUAGUGGAUGCAAGAGGGUGAUUUUUAUAUUUCUCUGACAGAAUCAAGGGCUCCCAAGUUGUGACAGCUUUGCUUUAAAUAAUAACUAUAAAAACACAUCUGGAAUAUUGAUUUGCUUAAUGCAUGAUAAUGCCAUUCUCAGUCUGGGAAAGCGUGCAAGAUAAUUUCUGGUUGUUCAAUGGAUGAUGUGUACUUAAAAAUCCUGUUUACAUUCCAUUGCAUUUUUAUCCAAAACAACUUAUAAUAAGAGCAAUCAUGAUGACACAAACUUAAAAUAGCAAGAAUCUUUCAAGUACUUCAGCUUUCAAUAGGCCUAGCCAUUCUUAGUGCUUCUGCAUUGGAUUCAAAUAAGCCAAACCUUUCUAAGUGCUACAUACAGAAGUGUUUUGUUUUCUUUCGAUUUAAAUUGUAUUGGCUAAGGUACAGGGUACAACUUAUCACCACAAUAGAGAGGUUGGUAAGUGGCACUCCCACUGCUGUGCUACUCCCACAUUCAAACAGUCAAGCCUAAUUUAUCUCACAUGUAUUCUGACAGUGGACGGCAGCCGCACUGACUCAUCUCACAGACCUUAAGUCUGAGGAAGAACUCACAGCAGAACAAAUCAAAACAUUUCUCCUUGCUUUCUGCUUUCUCUACAAAAGGAAACCGUCCACUAACCCAUAUAGCUGAAGCACCCCAACAGACAUCACUCAUAUGCUUUUAACUGCACAGCCAGUAUGGAUAAGUCUUCUGAUCAUGUCCAUCCCGGUCUCCCACCGAGAUCUAGAAUGACACCCAGGACGGAGAGGGACAGCGGAGCCUUUGUGCCUCCCAGAAGUCACAGACAAAGGCCAUCGAAGGCAGGACGGGUCCCGGAGGCGUCUUCGGUGAGAAAAGAGAGACAGAAAAAGGAGAAACAGACAGAGACCAAUGAGGUGAAGGUGGAGCAGGAGACAGAAGUGAAGGUGAGUUCCACUGUGGUGGACAUAGACAGCGUGAGAGAGGAGGAGGUCAAAGAGGACAACCUGGGGCUCCUGGAGGCAGCAGAGCAGGAGGACGGUCUGAAGCGCAAAAACCUGGGAGUGUUUGAGUGGAUGCUGAUGGUCUUCGUCUUUGCUCUGGUUCUGCUUGUCCUCCCCAUUUCCAUUUGGUUCUGUGUCAAAGUAGUGAGGGAGCAUGAGAGAGCUGUGAUCUUCAGACUGGGUCACCUCCUGCGAGGAAGACCCAGAGGACCAGGCCUUCUUUUCUACCUCCCACUCCUUGAUGUGUGUCACAAAGUUGAUAUCCGACUACAAAUGCUCAAGGUUCCUCCUCACACGGUGGUGACGAAGGACUUGGUGAGGCCCGAGCUGAGCGCAGUGUGUUAUUACCAGAUAGAGAACGUGGCUCUGUGUAGCACGGCCCUGUCCAGUCUGACCACAGUGCUGCAGACUCUGGUCCAGGCCAUGGUCAGAGACAUCCUCGCCCAACACACGUUCAGCCACAUCCUGCUGCACAGGAGGAGGAUCGGACAGCAGAUACAGGCAAUGGUUGACUCUGUUGCUUGCCGCUGGGGCAUCAGGGUGGAGAGAGCAGACAUAGACGAGCUCAGUUUUCCUGUGGAGUUACAGCAGAGUCUGGCUGCCGAGGCCAAGAGACAACACCAGGUCAGAGUGAAAGCAGCAGAAGGGGAGAGAGAUGCCUGGGAGGGGUUCAGGGCUUCCCUCCGUCUGCUCCAACCAGCCCUGGUCCUUCCAAUCCCCCCCGAUCUCCUCGGCGUGACCCCUGACCUCUCAUCCCUACCCCCACCUCCUCCCCCAGCUGUAGAAGGAGAGGGUGGGACGACAGAUACAGACUCGCCAAUGAUGUGAACGAUUGUUUUGCCAUAAAAGCUAUUAAUGUUGAAAUAUUGAUCGCAAUGUGAGCCAAUAAUUCUUACCUCAUGGAUGAGUUUCCAGAGGUAUUCUUCAUUAUUUUAAAGAAGGUAACCUUUACAACAAAUCAUUGUUUGUUUAAGUACAAUUUAAAAAUAUUUGAUUGGUUUACACUGGUGAGCGUGAGUGCUGAAGGGUGUGAUAGCAUCUAGUGUGAACUGGAUUUGUUUAUUAAUUUCACAAUUUCCACAUAUUUAUAAUAAAAGCCACAGAAAAGUAUUACUUUUUUAGAUUGUAUGUCUGCAGACACUUUAUUCUUUUUAAGAAAACAAAAACUAUUUUGCCCUUAGUUGGUGUCAAAGACAUAACACAAGAUUUAACACAACCACAGCAAACCAUUAGAUAAAUGGUAAUAUGACGAUAUUAAUUAUCAUACAACAGCAAGCAGUCUGAAUAUAGGACAAUCUCCUGAUACUUGAAAUAUCUUAGCUUUUCUUGUAUGUACUACAAUAAUUUGUAAACUUGUGAGACAGUAAAUGUGCUGUUAAUAUGCACCAAAAGUCAUAAUACCCUCUGUGGCUUUCCUUUACUGGUUUACAUGGAUGUGAUUUUGAUGGAGUGUUAACUCUUGUAAUAAACAAAGAAACGUA